AUGGAUUCCCAGCACCGCUCUCCGGAAUACAGCUCCCUCCUCCUCGCUGGCCCUCGAGCCGGCCCUCUCAAGCAAGCCCACGCGCGCCUCCUCGUCACCGGCCACGCCCACUCCCUCCCCCUCAUCACCAAGCUGGCCACGCUCGCCGUCGCAGCCGGCGCCGCUCCAUACGCGCACCUCGUCGCCACCUCCCACCCCGCACCCGAUGCAUUCCUCUUCUCAUCCCUCACGCGCGCGGCCGCGCGCGGCCGCCUCCCCCGCGCCGCCCUCGCGUUCUACCGCCGCCUCCUCUCCGCCGCACUCCCCUUCUCCAGCUUCACCUUCACCGCUGCCGCCAAGGCCUGUGCCGACCUGUCCGCCCUCCGAACCGGCAAGGUCAUCCACGCGCACUCCCUCCUCCUCGGAUUUGGAUCCGAUCGUUUCGUCCUGACGUCGCUGGUCGUGCUCUACUCCAAAUGCGGCCAGCUAGCUGUUGCACGCAGCCUGUUCGAUGCAAUUCGUGAUAGAAGCGUGGUCGCCUGGAACGCGAUGAUUUCUGGGUACGAGCAGAAUGGGCUCGCCGAGCGGGGGAUCGAGGUGUACAAGGAGAUGCAGGUGGCCGAGGCGGUGCCGGAUUCCAUGACAUUUGUAGCCACGCUCUCUGCCUGUGCACAGGCUGGUGCACUGGACUUGGGACGCGAAGUGGAGAGACGUAUUGUUUCUGAAAGAAUGGACAUGAGCGUGUUUCUGGGCUCAGCUCUCGUGAACAUGUAUGCCAGGUGCGGUGCUGUGGACAAGGCUCGCAAGUGGUUCGACAUGCUCGAGGAGCGGAACGUGGUUACAUGGACUUCCAUGAUCGCAGGGUACGGAAUGCACGGCCAUGGCCAUGAGGCGAUCAAGCUGUUCCGUUUGAUGAGACGCGAGGGGCCGCUGCCCAAUCAUGUCACCUUUAUUGCUGUUCUAUCUGCAUGCGCACACGCCGGGUUAGUUAUGGAGGGCCGGGAUGCUUUUGCUUGCAUGAGGAGGGUCUAUGGACUGGUCCCUCGUGUCGAGCACUAUUGCUCUAUGGUUGAUAUGUUUGGAAGGGCCGGACUUCUUGACGAAGCAAUGCAAUUUGUACAUGAUUAUAUCCCUGGAGAGCCAGGACCUGAAGUUUGGACAGCAAUACUUGGGGCAUGCAAGAUGCACAAGAAUUUCAAUCUGGGGGUGGAAGUGGCUGAGCGAUUGAUUGCUCUCGAGCCUGAGAAUCCAUCCUACCAUGUUCUGCUUUCUAACAUAUAUGCUCUGUCCGGUAAAAUGCACCAUGUCGAGAAGGUGAGGAAUACCAUGAUCAAGAGAAGAUUGAAGAAGCAGAUAGGAUUCAGCUUGAUUGAGCUCGGAGGUUCAUCCCAUUUAUUUCGAAUGGGCGAAAAGUCUCAUCGGCAAACUAGAGAGAUUUACCAGUACUUGGAAGAACUGAUCCAUAGGAUUACUGCUGCUGGCUACAUGCCCGAAACUGAGUCAGUGCUGCAUGAGCUAGAAGAGGAGGAGAGGGAGGGUGCACUUAGAUAUCACAGUGAAAAACUGGCAGCAGCAUAUGGGCUCAUGAUGAGUUCUGGGAGCACCACUCCCAUCAGAGUAAUAAAAAACCUGCGGAUAUGCGGGGAUUGCCAUCUCGCUAUCAAAUUUAUGUCAGCUGUGGAGAACCGAGAGAUCGUUGUCAGGGAUAAGCACCGCUUUCACCAUUUUAAAGAUGGCAAGUGUUCAUGUCUGGAAUAUUGGUGACAAGCUCUCAUCUGCUGUUAGGUACACUUUCCUGGUACUAAUAGCUAUUAACAAAAGAGUUUCUUGGGAUCGAACAACUACAUUCACAUCAACUGGAGUCUUCCAAAUAAUUCCAGUUGAAGUUGUACUGUCGGAAUAUAAGCCCCCCUGCUGUUUGGUUAAAUGUUCAGGAACAGCAAACUUUAGUUACUUUCAGUGUACAAAAAAAUUAAGUGAUCUCCUCUUACAGUUUGUUUGUGCAAAACUCAGCAUCACAGUUUCUACAGCCAGUUUAAUCUGAGCAUCUGUCAAAGCAAUACACGGUUGAACAACUCAAAAAGCUUACUUGGAAGAGCUAGGAAGACGACAAAGCUUGUGUUCUGUUUUCUUGGUGAAGGCAUUGUUGAGCCAUCUGCAAAUCAGACAUAUGGCCAAUACUGAAAAUCUGACAUCCAUCAAGACUUUUGCUUCUGGGAUACUAGUCCCCAAAAACUACAUCUGGCCUGUCAGGGUCGAUAAUUAUCUGAAACCUUAUAUUUCAGUCGAUGAUGAUGCUCAUAAGGCAGGCUAGAAAGUUAUGGUACUGACUUUGCCGAUGACUUUGCGCUCAGCUACAACUACAGCUACGAUCCGCUAGCAGAAUAUCUUGGCUUCAUCGACAACGGUGCCUUCUGUGUUGACGGUGGCUUGACUGAUUUCCCUAUCACUUCUCAAGUGGCCAUUGAUGAUUCCACCUUUUAUAUUUCUUCACUAUGCCGUAAAUGUUCCUUCGAGAAACUCACACACCCAAGCAGGCCACUUGGUCAGGAUGAUCUUUCAUCUAGUAUUUACUCUGUUCUAAUCAAGAAACAAUCCACUUUCUACAAUGAUGUAUCUGAACGAGUUGUAAUGUAUUGUUUGGAUCAUGGCUUCUCUGGUCUUGACUAUUGAGUUGUUUUAUGUUUUGUUGCUGCAGGCUGCUUUAGUAACCUGAAGAGCACCAAGACAGAUCAUGGGGUACCUCUACUUAUCUCCCACAAUGGUGCUAGUGGUGACUACCCAGACUGCACUGACCUAGCUUAUCAAAAUGCAGUUACUGAUGGUGCAGAUGUCAUUGACUGUGCUCUUCAAGUGACAAAAGAUGGGAGUUCCAUUGACCUAAAGGAUGUUUCUACUGUUGUAACUUCACAAUUUGCUUCUCUAGCGGUUGUCAUAGAAGAUAUUAAGCCUAUGGCUGAAGUCUAUACACUCAACCUCA